AUGAUCGUGUUGUGGGUUACACUGCUUUUCCUGCAUCAUGGAUAUUCGCUGGUUCCAGUGAUCACAGUUCAUCUUGGUGAACCUGUGACCUUCACAUGUGUCUUACCUGGUACAGAGUUGAGCAGUAGACAACUCUACUGGUACAAGCAGAGUGCUGGGGAUACUCUGAAAUUAAUUGUGACACUAUGGAAAUCUACAAAACCUGAGUUUACACCAGAGUUUUCUGAAUCAAGGCUACAGGUAAACGAUCAUAAGAGUUUUAUCAACCUGACCAUAGUGAAGACGAUUCAAGAAGAUGAAGGAAUGUAUCACUGUGCAAUCGUGGAGUGGAUUGAAACUAAAUGGAGUGGGACAUAUCUGUCAGUAAAAGGAAACGCUCAGAGGACAUCAAACUAUACUGUUGUUCAGAGUCCAACAGUAUCUGAUCCAGUUCGUCCAGGAGACUCAGUGACUCUCCAGUGUUCAGUCCUCUCUGACUCUCAGAACAAGACAUGUUCAGGAGACAGUGUGUACUGGUUCAGAGCUGGAUCAAAUAAAUCUCAUCCAAACAUCAUCUACACUGAUGGAAAUAAACCUGAUGAAUGUCAGAAGAAACCUGAUGCACAUUCUCCUCCAAAGAGCUGUGUUUAUCACUUCUCUAAGACUGUCAGCUCCUCUGAUUCUGGGACUUAUUACUGUGCUGUGGCCACAUGUGGAGAGAUCAUUUUUGGAAAUGGAACAAAACUUGGGAUUGAAGGUAACCAAAUUGUUUUUAUUAAUGAAAUUAUGUACAUUUAA